UGUCUUUCUCUGUCUUACAUUUCAUUUUUUUAUCCCGUGGACUCCGCUGAAGCGAAAUCCAAAGUGACCCUAUUUUGUGGGUUUUGACUAUAGAGAGACAGAGAGAAACCUUGUGCUUGUGACUUGUGCUGUGUGUAUCUUCAAUUCUCUUCUUCAUUCUAGAGUGUCAUUUUCUGAGUAUAUUAUAAAACCCAAAUCCACCUAGCUCUUUUCCUUCUUUCCCAUACCUCUCAAUUCUUUAUUUUCUUUUCUGUUCCCUCUUGAAACCUUCAUUCCCUCCUACCUCACUGCUUAACAACUGUACACCCCAUCUCUUAUCUCUCUCUCUCUCAUCAGUCAUCAUAUUCUCAAUGAUCUCUCUUUAGCAUGUCUGUUUUUUGUUUGGUAAUCAAUUGAGUCUGUGUACCUUUUCUUCUUCUUUUCAAGUUUCCAACAUCUCAAGUCAUAGGCUUGAGCAAGCUUUCCAGAUUCUUCUCCUUGGAAAGACUUGUAUGAGAAAAGAAAGCAAAAGACCCUUAACUUGCGUGAACAUUGCACUUUAAUUCCUUUGUCUCACCUCAGCAUAAAAAACCUGAAGAAGAUGACCUUGGAAGGGGUUUUCAUUGAGCCCACAUCAACUACUUCUACUUCCCCUGAUCUUUCUCUUCACAUAAGCCUCCCAAGCAGCAGCAACAACAACAACAACAAUUAUCAUGAGUCCCAAAAUAUUUCAUCCCCAAAUUUCCCUUCAAGGAAUGUUUCUCAAGCACAUACAGAACUUUCUCUAGGAAGAAAUUUCACAGGUGGAGGAGCAACAACAACUGAAGCAGAAAAACCACACAAUAAUUACCACCCUUUUCAUCCAAGCCUAACCCAUUUCCACCAUCUUCACCAUCACACCAAUAAUAACAAUAGUUCUACUACUACCACUCCCUUGAAUGGCUUGAACUAUGGCCUUUCAUUGCUUGAUGUAUCACCAGAGGGGUUGAGGCCAAUCAAGGGGAUCCCAGUGUAUCACAACCGUUCAUUCCCUUACUUAGACAAAGAUCAUCAUCAUAACAAGAUGUGCUUAUACCAUCCCAUUCCCUCUUCUUCCUCUUCACCUUCGCCGUACCUCGCUGCAGCAGCAUCAAGGGUGAAUGGAUUAAUUUCUGGUGAAGCUUUCAGAUCUAACCAUCAGUUGCACCAUCAUUCAGUCCUACAUGGGGUUGGUCCUUCAUCUCAUGAGACCUCUUCUGGGUUUAAUAUGAGAUCCAGGUUUUUGCCUAAGCUUCCCACCAAAAGGAGCAUGAGAGCGCCGAGAAUGCGGUGGACAACCACCCUCCAUGCUCGAUUUGUUCAUGCUGUUGAGCUUCUUGGUGGCCAUGAAAGAGCUACACCAAAGUCAGUUCUUGAGCUCAUGGAUGUGAAGGAUCUCACAUUAGCUCAUGUCAAAAGCCAUUUGCAGAUGUAUCGAACUGUUAAGACCACAGACAAGCCUAUUGCUUCUUCAGGCCAUUCAGAUGGAUCUGGAGAAGAUGAAUUGUCUCCGAUGGGUAGCAGCGUUGACCGAGGCGGUUUGAGUCAAUUCUCAGACCACAGAGAUCGAACGGAUCGAGCAAUGCAUCAAGAUAUGGAACACUUAUCCUCCACCACCACCACUCUAUGGAGUAACUCUUCAAGUUGUGGGGAGCCAUGGUUACGUACUACUUCUAACAACAUAGACGGUCUUAGACCACCUAUUCUCCAUUCACAAACCAUAUCAAGAGGACAUCAAAUUCAGGAGUGUGAUCCAACCCAACUCAAAAACGGUUUGCCUUGUUCUACUUUGGAGUACAAGAAUCCAAGCUUGGAGUUCACUUUAGGGAGACCAGAUUGGAAUGGCAAAGAACAAGCCUAGUUAAUUUUUAUUGGUUAUAUUAUUGCCUUCUUGUUUUCUAUAUCAUUUAGAAUUAACCUAUGAUGAUAACUUCAUCAUUUUCAUGAAAUGUAGAGGUGUAUUUAAAUAUAUAUAAACUAGUGCUAGAAGGAGAUGAAAAGCCCUAGUUCUAGCUGCUUAGAUCCUUUUGGAGGUUUUUUGAGCUCAUGAACAAUUUUGCUCUUUUUAUUUUUGUUCUAUUGCAAAUGUAGAAGCACAACCAAGAGGUGAGGAAAAGGAUGGGAAUGCAUGUUUGAAAACUAGGGGAACAUAUGAAUAGAAAACUUUUCAUUUUGAUGAAAUAGUUAUCAUCCCCCCACCCCCUUCUCGUUGUUUCAUUUUUUCUUUC